UUUUCCCCGAAAGUCUACGCCUCGGGCCUCUCCCAGCUCCGGGCGGACCUACCCAUUUCCCCCCACCAGCUGCGGACCGGGCCGCCCCGCCCUCUCACGGGGAACACUUAACCGCGACUUCAGUUUUCUGUUGCACUACGUGCAGAGGUUUUCCCCCUUCUGACCCUUUAUUCGUCCCGUGGGCUCUCCUCGCCAUCCUCUGCUCCCAGAGGAACGCAGAUUGCUGGUCCGCUUGAGGGUCCCGCGCGGCUCCUCCGUGCGCUUGGCUCUUUCGGUGCUGCAGGCAGCGGAUCAGCGGGAGGCAGCGCCCGGCGCCGGUGUCUCCUCUCCGCUAACUCCGCAGCUGACCCGCGGAGAGAGAGGGACGUGCGCCUGCCUCCCGCCCCAGGCUGCCCGUUUCGGAGAAGACGCGGUCUGGCAGCACUGAGCGCUGAGUUCUGCACCUAACCGAGCUCAGAGAGUUCGAAGAAAGGAAGUAUUCUGGAUGGUGGCUGCUGGAACCCACUGUCAUAGCCAGCUCUUCUUCAACACUUAAGGAUUUACUCUGCAUUGAGUAAUGAGAAUUUCGAAACCAUAUUUGAGAAGUACUUCCAUCCAGUGCUACUUGUGUUUACUUCUGAACAGCCAUUUUUUAACUGAAGCUUGCAUUCCUGUCUUCAUUUUGAGCUGUAUCAGUGCAGGUCUUCCUAAAACAGAGGCAAACUGGCAGGAUGUAAUAAGUGAUUUGAAAAUAAUUGACAAGCUUAUUCAAUCCUUACAUAUCGAUGCCACUUUAUAUACUGAAAGUGAUGUUCAUCCCAAUUGCAAAGUAACAGCGAUGAAGUGCUUUCUCCUGGAGUUACAUGUUAUUUCGCUUGAGUCCAAAAAUGAGACCAUUCAUCAAACAGUAGAAAACAUUAUUAUCCUAGCAAAUAGCGGUUUAUCUUCUAACAGGAAUAUAACUGAAACAGGAUGCAAAGAAUGUGAGGAACUGGAGGAAAAGAACAUUAAAGAAUUUCUGCAGAGUUUUGUACAUAUUGUACAAAUGUUUAUCAACUCUUCUUGAUUGUGAUUGAUCCCCUUCAGCAUUUCUACUGUUAGCAAACAUCUUCCUGCGGCUUAGAGGCUGUGAAACUCCUCAUUUCAUGCAUGCUGCCCCAAUUUUUUUAACAAGAGGACAAUCUGGAAUCUUGGCUCACACGAACUCUUAGAAAUGAAGGCAGAAAAAUGUCAUUGAGCAACAUGGUGUCUAUGAACUGUCUUCGUACUUAUUUCAUUCAUUUAUUCUUAAUUUAUUAUUGAAAUUGUACAUAUUUGUAGCAUAAUAUAAAGUAUUGAAUAAAAUUGUGUAUAUACUCUA